CAUCCUCAUCAGUGGUCCUGAUGAACAGACUCACCUCAAAGCGCUGGAUUCAGUCCUAGGCAGGCUAGAGGAGUAUGGCCUGCAUCUCAAACAAGAGAAGUGCCAGUUUUUCCAGGAGUCUGUGGAAUACUUGGGCCACAUCAUUGACGCGGCCGGGCUCCACAAAUCACCGGAGAAGGAAAAUUGUCUCCACUGGUCGUUGUCCAGCUGCAAAGGAUGCCGACGAAGAGCUGUCGCCCUAUCUGUUGCGCCGGCAUGACCUCACCAUACAACAGGGAUGCCUCAUGUGGGGUAUGAGAGUGAUUGUGCCUCCUAAACUGCGCCCCCGGGUUCUGAAAGAGCUCCACUCAGCACAUCCAGGAGUAGUGAGGAUGAAGAGCUUGGCACGCAGUUAUGUGUGGUGGCCCGGCAUCGACUCUCAAAUUGAGCUUCACGCCAAAUCCUGCCCCCCGUGUCAGAGCAUACAAAAAGCACCUGGGUUAGCUCCUCUACACCCUUGGAUGUGGCCAUCCAGUCCUUGGGAAAGGAUACAUGUGGACUUUGCGGGUCCAUUCGAAGGUCAUAUGUACCUGAUCACUGUGGACGCCCAUUCCAAGUGGCCUGAGGUGCAUAUCAUGGACAGCACCACAGCCAGCAAGACCAUACACGUGCUCAGGGGACUUUUCAGUUGCCAUGGAAUUCCGCACAUCCUUGUGAGCGACAACGGACCUCAGUUCUGUUCUGAAGAAUUCAGUGCCUUCCUGAAGUCCAAUGGAGUCAAACACACCCGCUCAGCGCCGUACCAUCCUGCUACCAAUGGCUUGGCAGAGCGUUUUGUGCGCACAUUCAAACAGGCCUUAAAAUCAUCUAAGGGCACCGGGAUGGUGCAACAACGCCUUGAUACGUUCCUGCUGGCAUACCGCAACAUCCCCCACACCACAACAACGGAAACGCCAGCCAUGUUGUUCCUUGGACGCAGGCUGCGUUCUCGUCUGGAUUUCCUGAAACCCAAUAUUGCUGGAACAGUGCACAGAUCACAGGAUGCCCAACAACAACGCCGCCACCAACACUCAAAGGACAGGCAGUUUGAUGUUGGGGAGCCAGUCCGUGUGCGGGACUAUAGGAAGGGGGAGGAGAAGUGGACACAAGGCAUUGUUGUGGAAAAGACAGGUCCAGUGUCGUACAGGAUAAAUGUGGGAGUACCAGGGGUAUGGAAACGCCAUGUGGAUCAGAUGCUGACACGCCCCGAUCCAGAGCUGCAGCAGACUGCAGUGAACCUUCCAGUACCAGAGGACUUACCCCCGAGUGAUAUCUGCACCACACUCCACUCUAAUACACCUCACACACAGGAGCCUGACUGUCAAAUUUCUCAGCACACACAAUCUCCACACCAGUCCACUGACUCACCACAGACUGCGCUAACCGGUACUCCGGUAACAGAGACAAUGAGACGCUAUCCUGUGAGGAUUACUAAACCGCCCGUACGUUACGGUGCGGAGUGACCACAUUGUUUAUUGUAAUAUAAUGUUCUGAGACAUAUUGUUUGCAGUAUAAGAAGACAUCCCCUCAUUUUUAUUUGAUGUAAAAAAAAGAAAGAUAUAAUCUUUUCUGUUGUGUUAAAGUAAAUAUCCUUUGUGUUGAUUGACAACAUAUCUUAGCGGGGAGGAAAUGUUAUGUAUGAAGCUGAAGGUGCUUCGUUUAUGGUGACCACUAGGUGGCACCUCUGACUUGUAUAAAUUCCCGUGCACAAUAAACCAGCCUCGCUGAAGUUGUAGAACAAGAUACAAUGUUUCUGUGUUGAUCUCUGUAUGGGCUGUGAAGGAUAGUCACGUAAAAGAUACAGGGAACAUAACAAUAAUACAAUCAAGUUCC